AUGGCAUUCAACAUCGAUCUGAAUAAUUCCUUUGGUGCACUAUAUAUCGGCGCUACUAUUGGUGCAAUUUUUUUCGGUUUGAGCAAUGUCCAAGCGUUUCUUUACUUCCAGGCACACAGGGACGAGGGAAUCACAUUCUACAAAAUUGCAGUAUGCUGGCUCUGUUUUCUCGAUGCUUUGCAUGUCGCUUUGGUCAAUCACAUCAUAUACUAUUAUCUUAUCGUCAACUAUGCAAAUCCGCUAGCACUUCCCGAGAUUGUGUGGAGCUUUAAGGUGAUGAUGAUCAUCGACACACUUAUUGUGUAUACUGUGCACCUCCUAUAUCUGCAGCGGAUAUGGAUACUUAGCAAAGGGAGAACUAGAAUUUUGCCUGCGGUCAUGGCUGUUGCCAUCGUUCUGCUCAGGGCAAUAUUCAAGUGCCAUCUUUUUUCGGAGCUGGAUAGUAUUCGGUGGACCGUCUACCUGGGUUUGGGCGCGGUCACGUUGAUCGACAUCCUCAUCGCCACUUCAUUGUGUCACCUCCUUGCUACUGCCAAGACUGGGGACACUUCAGACGCUCGUGAGAGACAUUAUCAAUACAGGAUGCUUGACAAGUGUGUUAUCGAUGGCGUGCAUAAUCACAGGCGCAGUAAUGCCAAACAACCUCAUCUACCUUGCAAUCGAGUGGCUACUGUCCAAAUGUACGCUUUGUUAGCUCCGUAUUGCACGCAGAAAGCUUAUUCGACGCCCUUAGUAUAUGUGAACUCCUAUAUGGCUCUACUGAACGCGCGUUAUUACCACGAUGGAAGCGCACACACUUCACAAGCCCGACCCCCGCAAGUCUACCGCCCAGAGUUACAGGUCAAAGUUUCACAGGACGUAUUUCCCCGAAUUUCCACAUCGGACAAGUUGCAGGUCCCCGACAAGGCUCGGGAACACCCCACUUACUACACUCCUGUCGGGGCGGGAUGUGCCCAUCCCAUUGAAGUGGUCACAGAGUCGUUCUCGAAGUUGUAUCAGUGUACCGGCAUCUCUCGAGGGUAG